AUGACGGAAGAAGCCAAGGAGCUUCUGACGAAGAUCGGCACGGAGAGUACGUUGCGGUAUGCAAUUCACUUAAUCACCUGCUCCAAUCUCGUGGCCAUGAAGCGGAAGGCACAGGAGGUUGAUGUCCAGGACAUCCGCAAGGUCUACUCGCUCUUUGUGGAUGUCAAGCGGUCUACGCAGUUCCUCAUGGAGUAUCAGCAGGAGUUCAUGUUCUCCGAGGUGCACGAAGAGGAGGAUGCCGAGAUGCCUCAGGCGAAGGAGACUUGA